AUUUACAAAUACGUCCUUUCUUGCCCAUCUUUUCAUUUCGUUCUAUCUUAUGCUUUUUCUCUUCACAUAAUUUCCCUGCGCGACCAAGUUUCGCGUUACAAGGCUCUGAAUCUAUUUCCGUCCUUUGUCUUGUAUUGAACAGAAGCUGGUAUAAGUCUUAAGAGCCUGGUCGAGGCUGAUCUAGACCACGUACCCCUAAAGUAUCAGCCAUGGCAAACCACCAUCCUUCGCCUCAGAUGGCGAUGCAAAUGCAGCAUCACGGCCCGCCCGUACCUCCUCCCCCUCCUCCUGGGCCGGCCCAAGGUGUUCAAUGGGCACCGUCGCGUCAUAUCGUCGCGGUUAACGAAGCACUGUGGAUGCAGAUUGGGAGUUUCUCGGAACUUCUUGGUAAUUUGGACGAUGCCAUGAUCGCAUACGAGCACGCGUUGACUGCGAAUCCCAACUCGAUUCCUGCGAUGAACGCUAUCAGUCUGAUUCUUCGGACUAGAGAGGACUUCCAUAAGGCAGUCGAGUAUCUGCAGGCUAUACUGAAAAUAGAUGCCAAUAACGGAGAGGUCUGGGGUAGCCUAGGUCAUUGCUAUCUUAUGAUGGAUGACUUGCAACAAGCAUAUGCCGCCUACCAAUCUGCCUUGGUCAACCUACCUAAUCCUAAACAGGAACCCAAGCUUUGGUAUGGUAUUGGUAUUUUAUAUGACAGAUACGGGUCGCUUGAUCAUGCCGAAGAAGCAUUCUCGCAGGUCAUGCAGAUGCAACCCGAUUUUGAGAAAGCCAACGAAAUUUACUUUAGAUUGGGCAUAAUAUACAAGCAGCAGUCAAAGUAUGGCCCAAGCUUAGAAUGCUUCAAAUACAUCGUAAAUUCUCCUCCGCCGCCAUUGACCGAGGAAGAUAUCUGGUUCCAGAUUGGACAUGUACAUGAGCAGCAAAAAGACUAUGACAGCGCUAAAGCGGCCUACAUGCGAGUGCUUGAACGUGACCCGAAUCACGCUAAGGUCUUGCAACAGCUCGGUUGGCUUCAUCACCAGCAAAGUAGCAGCUUCCAAACGCAGGAGCGUGCAAUUGAGUAUUUGGAAAAGUCUGUCGCUGCAGACAACAAUGACGCCCAAAGUUGGUAUCUCCUCGGCCGAUGUUACAUGUCACAGCAGAAGUAUCCCAAGGCAUAUGAGGCAUACCAGCAAGCAGUGUACCGCGACGGGCGGAACCCUACAUUUUGGUGCUCCAUUGGCGUGCUCUACUACCAGAUCAAUCAGUAUAGAGAUGCUUUAGACGCAUACUCCCGAGCGAUACGCUUGAACCCGUAUAUAUCUGAAGUUUGGUAUGACCUGGGCACACUGUACGAGUCUUGUAACAACCAGGUCGCCGACGCCCUAGAUGCGUACCAAAGAGCGGCUGAAUUGGAUCCUGCCAACCCGCACAUAAAGGCCAGGCUCCAACUGUUGAGGGCUGGUCAGGCCUCGGGAAAUCUUCCGCAGGCCGUACCCACUGACGUCCAUCCCCAAUCUUACGGAGCUCAAGGGCCGCAAGCUCCUUCUUGGACCGGUUCGGCGGCGCCAUUAGCGCAAUCCGGGCCCGGAGGUCCUCAUAGACCACCUCCCGGACCUGCUGCGGCCAACGGUUGGGGUCAAAGAACAAGCGAUAUCAACCCACCUCAGCCGCCUAAUCCCUAUGACCAACGAGAGCCCUUUCGUGGACCGGCGCCUCCACUCCCACGUCAGCCUAGCCCUCGACAGGAGAUGAGGCAAUACGGCGAGUCGAAUCGGCCAGUCCCUGCACCAAUUCGCAGGGGACCUUCCCCCGGUCCGCCCGCUCAAUACGCCCCUCCUCUCCCCGGACCGUCGCAACAGCCUCCCCCUCCCACCGCGCAAGGGCCUGCUAGAGUCAAUAACCCUAAUUAUACGCCGGCGCCUGCCUCGAAUAUGGGUCCCGCAAACGGGCCGCCUAACGGUGCUCCGCCACCUCAUUCUUUGAUGACUUACCGCAAUGGUUCCCCCCGCUCGGAGCCAAGGCCGAUGCAUGAUAACCGCAUGCCUUCUCCCAAGUCGGCCUACCCCCAACACCAGCCUCCAUUCCCUCACCACCCAGAGCCUGGAAUGCCUAACAACAUGGAACCGGGACCUCCCCACCCAAAAGGAAUUAUUGGCGCUGAAAUGCACAGAGAUCAUGACCGACCGUCAUCGGUUGCAUCCAAGAGGAUGCGAGAAUGGGAGGACGAACCAGCCAUCAAGAAGCCCGCCAACGAAGAGAACCGGGCCCGGAUGGAAGAUAUACGUCAUCGACGGCCGUCGACACCCCCACGUGAUCCCCGUGAUCCUUAUCGUCGUUCCCCUGACGCUCAUCGCUUCGAGGAGCAGCGACGUAUGGAGGAACAGCGACGUGUCGAUGAUCAGAGGCGAGUCGAAGACAUGCGGCGUGCCGAAGAGCAACGACACGAGAGCUAUCAUCCGUCGGAUGCCGCUCACCACCCACCGGCGCACUCAAUGCCGAACCAUUUACCCCCAAUGCAACAGGCUCCUCCUCCCAUGCAAGGGUUAAUUCAUGAUGGUCCGCAGCCGAGCCCGGCCCCAAAAGACUAUCCGCCACCAGAUGAGCGUCAGAGGCUCGAGCACCCCGCUGCCGCUGCGCCGCCGCAGAUAAGUGAGCCUGAACGUGCUGCUAGAAAGAUGGAUGUUGAUGAUGAUUAUGACGACAGUGGAGAGGAGGAGAAGAAGGUGACUGUUAAUGGCGCCACGUCCGGGCCUAGUUCAACUUCGGGGGAGCUGAAGAAUACAACGCCUACAAGCGCCAGCAUUAACGGAAUAAUGGGACCUACCCCUAAGGCGGAGGGAAACGCUUGAGAUGCGGAUUUAUCAACGAAUGCUGAAUGUCAAUACAUACCCUUUUUCAUUAUUACUCAGGAUUGUUUCAAUGCGAAUGUAUAUCAAUUCUUAAGUUGGCGAGCUGCCCUCCUGUUAGAUACUGGCAAGGCGACAUCAAAGUCUGUCUAUCGUUUCCAACAUCUUUGCUUAAAUUAUUAACAUCCUGAAUCGAGUAUCCCUCCGGUUCCUAGCUCAAUCAUAAACCGCCUACCCUGAUAUGUGCCAUAAAAUUCAUAUUCUCUGUCUUGUAACCGCAUUUGCACGUGCCACGUGAUAUUCUCAAAUGUAGAUGACCUUUUAACCCGUCAAAAACAGCUUUAGUCACGUGGCCAUAGCUUUAGGGUUCCUAUUCCUCAAUGUGGGGUUACCUCCCACAUUCGGCUAU